ACCCCAAUUUUCUUGUUCCCUCCCUUCUCUUCCUCUGGUCCCCUCUCACUUUGUACUUGGAGGAGUGUUUUGGGGAGAAAAAAAAAAAAAAGACACCCACUAUUUCAAUAAUUUUUGUUUCUCUUUAUCACAUACCUCAAACCACACGCAAACAAGAAAGAGGAAAAAAAAAAACGUUUAAGAUGGUUGCGGAGGAGAAAUCCCAAAAGACAUACCCGCCAACUGCUGAGGUAGUGGAUGAGCUUAAGAGAAUGGGGGACAUAGGAGUUCCAAUAGCAGCCAUGAGCCUUGUGGGAUACAUAAAAAACAUGGUCUUAGUUGUGUGCAUGGGAAGGUUGGGAAGCCUUGAGCUAGCAGGUGGUGCUUUGGCCAUAGGCUUCACCAACAUAACCGGUUUCUCAGUCCUCUCAGGUUUAGCCAUGGGAAUGGAACCUCUUUGCACUCAAGCCUUCGGUUCAAGAAACUUCUCUUUGGUCUCUCUCACUCUACAAAGGACAAUUAUCAUGUUAUUGGUAGCUUCACUACCCAUUUCUCUCUUGUGGCUCAAGCUCGAGCCACUCAUGUUAUGGCUUCACCAAAACCCUGAGAUAACCAAAGUGGCAAGUGUUUAUUGCUUCUUCUCAAUCCCUGACCUAAUUGCUAACAGCCUCCUUCACCCGAUUCGAAUCUAUUUACGUAGCAAAGGGACAACUUGGCCUCUAUUGUGGUGCACUUUGCUUUCCAUUCUCAUACACAUCCCCAUCGUGGCUUUUUUGACCUUCAAACUCCACCUUGGUGUGCCCGGGAUUGCUAUGUCAGCUUUUGUUGCCAACUUCAACACCCUUUUCUUCCUCCUAUCAUACAUGCUCUACAUGCGCGUCUCUAAGGGGUCACUUUCCAUGCCUUUACUAAUAUCAUCUCGUCCCUUGUCGUCGUCACCACGACAACAUCAUCACCAAGACCAAACCUCAUUAAAAACAACAACAACACUAGGAAAAGAGUGGGGCAUGCUAAUUAGGUUUUCCAUUCAGAGUUGCUUAGGGGUGUGCUUGGAGUGGUGGUGGUACGAGUUCAUGACGAUUCUCGCGGGCUACCUGCAUAACCCGCGAGUUGCUUUAGCCACUGCUGGCAUAGUGAUACAAACAACAUCUCUCAUGUACACUUUACCAACGGCACUGAGUGCUUCAGUGUCAACUAGGGUUGGGAACGAGCUUGGGGCAGGUCAACCUGAGAGGGCAAGGUUGUCAACAAUUGUGGCAAUAGGAAUGUCACUUGCAAGUUCAAUAUUAGGGUUGUUGUGGACCACAAUAGGGAGAAAUAGAUGGGGGAGGGUGUUCACAAGUGAUAGUGAGGUGUUGGAACUAACCAUGAGUGUGUUGCCCAUAAUUGGGGUUUGUGAGUUAGCAAAUUGCCCUCAAACCACAAGCUGUGGAAUCCUUAGAGGGAGUGCUAGGCCUGGUGUUGGGGCAGGGAUAAAUUUCUACUCAUUUUACCUUGUGGGGGCACCAGUGGCCAUAGUGAUGGCAUUUGUUUGGAAACUAGGGUUGGUGGGGCUUUGCUAUGGCUUAUUGGCAGCACAGAUAGCAUGCGCGGUCUCUAUUCUAGUUGUGGUAUACAACACAGAUUGGGAAAGGGAGUCUUUGAAGGCAAAAAGCUUGGUGGGAAUUUAUAAGAGUUCAUGUGAUGAUCAACAUCAUGGAGACCAAACAGUCAAAUGUGAAGAAGGUGUUGUCUUUCUCAAUGAGAAAGAAUAGCGACCCAAAAAAAGUGAUGCCUACACAUAUAUACAUAUACCGAAAAUCGUGGCACGAGUGGAAGAGACAGAUCUAGACGAUAAGGAUCUCUCAUUACUACACUUGAUUAAUUAUUUUUAUUUGUGAUUAUGCUUUUUGUAUAUGCUUUUGCAUAACUCAUAUUUUCUUGUAGUUUUUUUCCUUGCUGAUCGAUGAUUACAUGCAAGGUCUGGUAACUCUACCUCUAGCUAUAGUGGUUGGUAAUGUUGUCUUCAAAUUGUAAUAGUACUAGGGUUGUCUGAUUACUGAUGAUUACUAUUAGAUAUAUAAUUCAUGUAAUUGAAUUUUUCUUCCAAUCGUAUUUGUACUAGUAAACAUAAUGAUCAAUUUGUAUUGUAACCAGAAGUUACUGGCGUAUAAAUUGGAAACACUGUGCACGUUUUAUACA